AAGCCAUCAAUCCAAUUAAAUGUCCUGAGCUAGCCGAGCAGGCGGUGCUGCUGCCGCGGCCGCUCGCCCCGCCGCGGCCGCCCCAGCUCGCAGCUCCCCUCUGAUCCAUGGCUGUCUGUCUGUACUUGUUACCGUGUAACCUCCUCCUCCGCCUCCUCCGCCUCCUCCUCGGGAGCCGCUGCAACUUCCCCUCAGCCAGCCUCCUCCUCCGCUCGGGGACUGCAAAGGCAUGGGAUAGACCUAGAGCCACUUCUGUCACCCUUCCAGCCCUCGCUCAGUCUCCCCCCUUUAAAUUAAAGUCUCACCCUCGCAUCUCAUCGUUUUAGAGGUUUAUUUGUCAGUCUUUUUAUUUCCCCGGGUUUUAUUUUCCCUCCCUGGGGCAGGGGGUCGCAGGGGCCGGUGGGCUUAUUUUAGGGAAGGGGCUUUCCCCUCCACCCCCCUCGUUGCUCCUCGUCCCUUUUCGGCAGUGACUUGAUUUCCCUGCUCCGCUCCGCUCCCACCCCUCGAACUCACCGUCCUGCACUCGAGUGACGCACCGACACCCCCCGCCCACAGCCCAGACGUCCCCUCCCUCGCUGCCACCCCGACCCGUCUCGGAGCCGGACCCGGUGCCGACUUCGCUGAAGGUCUGACCUAAUGCCUUAAGUAAGUGGAGCUCCAUCUACUCUCCAGUGUGUAUCCCGAACCUGCACAUGAGAUUCAUCACGGCCGACAGCAGUGCACGAGGCCUGACGGCGAGGAGCAAGGGAGCUCGCCUUGCAAUACCAGGGACCGCUGGUGCAGUACUGAAUUUAAUGGGCGUUAUCUAAUUAAAUAUAUGUUGGGGAAAGGAGGAAAACGGAAGUUUGACGAGCAUGAAGAUGGGCUGGAAGGCAAAAUCGUGUCCCCGUCAGACGGUCCGUCCAAGGUGUCUUACACCUUACAGCGCCAGACUAUCUUCAACAUUUCCCUUAUGAAGCUCUACAACCACAGGCCCCUCACCGAGCCCAGCCUGCAAAAGACCGUGCUCAUCAACAACAUGUUGCGGCGCAUUCAGGAGGAGCUGAAGCAGGAGGGCAGCCUGCGGCCCGCGUUCCCCGCCUCCUCGCCGCCCGCCGCCGCCGCCGCCGCCGACCCGCUGGGCUCCAGCUCCCGGGAGGCGCCGCCCGCCUUCAGCCAGCCCGCUCCCGCGCCCUCCGAGCUGGGCGGCGCCGCGGCCCUGGAGGCCUGCCUCACCCCCGCCUCGCUGCUAGAGGACGACGACCCGGACGCGCUUUGCACUUCCUCGCCGGCCGCCCCCGCCAGACUCGCGCCUCCCGCCCUCCUCCCGCCGGAAAAGGACAGCUUCUCCUCCGCCCUGGACGAGAUCGAGGAGCUCUGUCCCACAUCUACCUCCACGGAGGCCACGGAGGCCGACGGCCCGAAAGGGGACUCCUCCUCCAGCGGGCCCGGCGCGCCUCAGAGACCCGAGGGGCUGCAGGACGGCGGCCGGCCCGAGGACGCGAAACUGAUGGACUCGCUGCCUGGAAACUUUGAGAUCACUGCGUCCACGGGCUUCCUCACAGACUUGACCCUGGACGACAUCCUGUUCGCCGACAUUGACACGUCCAUGUACGACUUCGACCCCUGCACGUCCGCGUCGGGGACCGCCUCCAAGAUGUCCCCCGUGUCGGCCGACGACCUCCUCAAGACGCUGGCCCCCUACAGCAGCCAGCCCGUCGCCCCGAGCCAGCCUUUCAAGAUGGACCUCACGGAGCUGGACCACAUCAUGGAGGUGCUGGUCGGGUCCUGAGCCCCGGGGCCCCCCGCACCUGCCCCCCACCCCCCACCCCCCCGCACCCCGACAGCUCUCCGCACUGUGCAUGCACCCUUGCUUGCCUUUUUCUGAGACGAACAUUCUACAAAAGGAUCACACUAGUUUUUGCUUUGAGCAGAGUUGGAGUGCCUUCAUCCAAGUAUGACCACUUUUAAUACGCUUUUCUUGAGUGGUUCAUCAGAGACCUACUACCCGGGAAUAAGAAAGAAUACAGUUGAAGACGAUGUGGCUGUGUUGAAUGACAAAAACAGUUCAAGUGAAGCACAAGGAAUAAGUUGGGAAAGCUGUAAAUUGCAUGUGCAUAUUUGUCUAUUUUUUCUAUAAGUUUUAUUGCAAGAGGUAAAAAAAAAAUAUAUAUAUAUAUAUAUAUAUUAUUUAGAUAAUCUCAGUACCUUUUCUGGCAUUUUCGCCCUGUAUAGGUUGACUUGGCAAUUCAGCCUUUUUAGAGGCAUUAACUACUCCUCUUAAGUGUUGCAUUUACAUGGCUGUUUAGAAACUGCUGCCCAAAUUUAUUUUAUAUUUUUGUACAGAUUCUGCAGUUUAUGAUAUUGUUUUUCUAAAAACAAAUGCUGUUUAUACAUAUGAGAUAGCUAUUUUGAUAGGAUUUGCUCACAUAGUUCCUGCAAACUUCAGAUGUACAAGUUGCACUUGUACUUUUAUAGAGUUGUAAUGUUUUAUAUGUGUUUGGUGCAAAGAGAAAAUUUGAUCAAAUCAAUCUGCAAUUGAUGUCCCCAGAUGCAAACACACACACAUACACACACACAGCGCUUUAAAAAGGGCCAGGAGAUAUCACACCCAAAUUUCAUGAGCACUGACCCCCUGGCAUGAACACCCGCCAGCACUGUGACUUCCAAAGCCAGAGCCACGUGGGCUCAUCAAGCUUGCAUUAAACAGUUGGCGGGAGGCAGCCAUGGAGCUUCCAGUUUACAUGAUGGUUCUCUUUCGCUUGCUGUCUGAAGGGGAAAGCUACCAAGUACUCUUAUUUAUGCCAAGUCUGCGCUUUUAAUUGUUUUUAUUUUUUUUUUAAACAAAACCCCAGAUCUUUCCCUUUUUGGCAUAAUUUUUAUGAAGACCUGAAAUUUUACACGCGAACAGAAUUUUAUGAAAAGCGACCAACCUCUUCAUGGAACUAAACCCUAUUGCAAUGCUUAGGGCUCACCGAGAAGGAACUCUUCCCCCGGAAGGCAUCCAUCAUGUUGCUCAGUUGUCUUUUCCGGCUUCCCUUCCCUAGAGCUUUCAUUCCCUCUGUUGCUAAGUGCUGAAAAUGGCAUCUUCAUGAUCACCACAGUGAGCCUGACUCUCCUCGGCCCAGCCUGGGAUGCCCUCAUGUGACACCCAUGGCUCUUGAACCUGGAGUUGGCCCCAUUACAUCACGGCCUCUGAUCUGGUUGCUUUCUUGAAUCAACUGCUUUAACUUCACUUUACAAGGCUGUUUUACCCAAAUACACAGACAGGACUUUCUAUGCAUGUUCCCCUCUCCCGCUACUUUGCCAUCCUCUCUCUGCCAGGAGAACUAGCUUUUUAUUCCUAGUGAUGUACUUUUAAUUUUAAAAUGUUUGCGAUGUAUCAUGCUUGUUGCCGAAAUUGUUUAUGGCCUUUCUGUUUCAGUUUUUUCUUUUCUUCCAAUGGUACUUUAGCUGGUUACAACCUAUAUUGUUGAAACGCAGAUGGCUUCUUUAGGAAUAACUUUUAUAUUUAUUUAAGAAUUUUUAAAUUAUGGGAUUUGUGUUGUUGUCGUUGUCUUUGUUGUUUGGUCAUUUGUCAAUAUUCAGUCACCAAUUCUGCUCACUUCUUGCCAUGGAUAAAAUUGAGUCUUUCUGGCCAAUUAAAAAAAGACAGCUUUAUAAAAUGGCACUUUAAACAAGCCAUAGAUAGUUUUAUUUUUAUAAUGCACAUGGCAAAGCAAAUACAUUUGUGAUGAAGGAACUGCUCAUCUAAGCAAAAGAUUCGUGUAUGAUAUGAUUAAAUAUUUCUACAUUCUGAUUUACUCCCCCCCACCCCAGCCCCCACCUAAAUGUGUUUUUAAAGGCUAAUUAUCAACUCAUUCAAGCAGUGAGAAACCGAUCAAAUUGCACUGUUCUCCUGUGAGCACCCUCCACCAGACACCUCUUAACUACUACAGAUGUGUCAUUCCCUGUAAUAGGACCAGGGACCAUAUAGUUAAGGUGAGGGUUUUUGUAGAUGCUUCCAGUGUCACUGUACCUGUCCAUUUGAAGGGCUUCCUUUUCCUGUAGAGAACAAGACCGCCCAGACGCCAUGCUUCUGCUAGCUGGAGGACCCGGCAAACCCUCCACAUGCCGCACACAUACACAUACGUGUCCGUGCACAAUAGUGUUGAUUAUUCCGGACAAUAACAGGGUAAGGCGGCUGAUUUGCCAUUGUUAAAAACUGAUUGAUAGUAACUUAGAACAACUGUACUUUGGUUGGAUUAGCAAAUCGUGUGUUUAAACAAGUCCCAUAUGUUGGGCAGCAGUUCAGAUAAGCACUGCGAGAUGUUGCCCACACGUGGUUCUCCCCCUCUCCCACAUUGGUAAGGCUGGGCUUCAAGAUCAAAACAAAAACCCCCAACAGCAGCACGCAAGUGCUUUUUAACUCUGGACACCCUUGCCAUGAAUUCUUGGUAUUCAAGGUCUAAUGAGGAAGAACAUGGGAAGUUAGUGGCCCUUUUUCGAAAGGACAAAACCACCUAGUGUUCCAGUUAUCUUUGUGUCUUAUUUUGACAAAGCGAUGUCCCAACAGGGAAGAACGUGAGCCUGUGUGUGAUCUCCGAGUCCCAGUUCAAGCGUGGGACGUGUGUCCACAUGCCACCCGGCGGCAGUGCCUUCCCCCUCCUGAAGGACACCAUGUGGGUUUCAGAGUCAGGCAGGCAGUGUGAGGUGCCUUUACGAGAGCGACAUGCUGGGUGGGGCUGGGAGAGGACAAUUAUUGACAGUGAUGUGCAAUGAAGUGACAAGAUGAGAGCAGAAUAAUAAGAGCUUUGAAUUUGAAGUGAUUUUUUUCAUAAGUUAUUUAUUCCUUUUUUUUUUUUCUGUGUAAAUAUAUUUAUUUUACUGUGGAGCUCUAACAACAUCUGGAUGGUAACAUGUGCAGAAUGUAAGUAGGAAUGUAUUCUCCUGUAGGAAUGUCAAUCUGUACUAGAAGGGGGUCUGAGCCAGACCCCUGGGUCUUCUCAUCGUAUGCACAGUCCACGUUCAUUUUUACUCUCUCCUGUAAAAUAUGGGUCUAUUUGAAAUAUGCAAGAGGUAUGGAUGAGGAAUGUUUUAAUACCUCCAAAUUUUUAAGAAAAUCAAGCAUCAAAGGGUUGAUAUUUUUAAACUUUUUUUAGUCACACUUUCUCUCUACGACAGAAGGGGCAACCACACCACUGACACCCUCGUUCACACCAAAGGGUGAGAACUAGCCAAGCCACCUCCACCGGAGGACUGUCUUUCUCAAUUGUGCUGUUUAUUGCCAUAGCCCCUCAGAGUGUCCCAACUGCCCUGAGAUCAAUCAAGGAAAAUUUCUUAAAUAAAUAAAUUCCAAAGAGCCAAAGUGUCAACUUACGGAUCAUUUUUAAAGCUUAAAUUUAUUAACCACCCUUGGUGGUAAAUAAUGAAUUAUGAAUCUGCAGGGCAGCCUUCUCAGAUGACAGAUUAAAAAAAAAAAGAAAACCAACCAGAGAGAGAGAGACUCUACUUUGUGCAGCGAUUGUUGUUUUCUAUAUGAAUUGUCUUAAUUUAAAAAUCUUGCUGUUGCAAAUUGGACCUUUAUACACUUUCUGAAAAGAAUUGAAAAGAGCAUAUUUAACCUUUUCUGGCUGUAAAUGGUUAACUUCCUGUAACUGCCAGUGGCAGUGAGGUGUGUGCGUCCUGCUUAUGUACAAUUGUUUUCAGGGCUUCUGAGAAUGAGUCUAAAUGGUUCUUGAAAAUUAGCCAGGAUCAAGUACUAUUGCAGACAAAGCCAAUAAAAAUUGUGGAUGUCUUUUAGGGAUAACAAGUUUGGAAGAAAAGUGCGGUCCAUACAACCAAGAUUUGGAAAAGAUGUACAUAGCAACAUGUUUGGUGCAUGGUUUUUGAGGAGGGCUUUUGUCAAAAAGGAGGUGUAACCUUUCCCCCACAGACCUGAGAGCUGUGCCUUUUCUAUGCAAUAUUACAGACGUUACAUCAGAACCCAGAUGGUUGUAUUCACAUGUAGGUUUGGGCUGUAAUCUGAACAAUUGGACAGAUUAAAUGUACAUGGAAAUGAGCAGUCUUACUUUUGUAGUUUUAUAUUAUACAAUAAACAGUUAAAAGAUGA